AUGUUAGCCACUGAAGCACAAGCCAAGCUUGAGGGUGUAACUUUCUCUGUUCGCCAUAUAGGAAAGGAAGAGAAUGUUCGUGCUGAUAAGUUAUCCCGCUUGGGCACUGAUAUGAGCUCUCCAUUGGAGGAGAUUCUGAGUUCAACAAAAAGAGUUCAGAAGACGCGGAUGGUGAGGACCGAUUUCCAGAAGGUUAUUGGGGUUGGUGAUCUUGCUGAAUUGUUUGACCGUCAACAGAAAGAUCCUUUGCUUAUUGGUCUGGUGAAACGUUGUCAACAAGCUCCUCGUAAUGAGAUUGUUGACAAUGGUUCGGUGUUUCGAUUACAAGAACGUGAUGGAGUUCGGGUGCUUGUGCGGGUGGUACGUAUUGCUGGGGUCCCAUUUGACAAUUUCCGUACAGUGUUGGUGCAUCCGGUGGAAGAGACUGAGCUUAAGAGCUUGGUUGAGAUGUAUCAUGACCGUAUUGGUCAUUUGAAUGAUCGUGCGACGAGGUGGCAUAUAUCUCGAGAUUGGUGGUGGCCUGGUAUGCGAUCUAUGAUAAAGAAGAUAUGUCGUGGUUGUAAGCGUUGUGGUGAUGUGAUAUUACAACGCCCAUUCUCGGUAUGUCCUGAUAAUGUGCUAGAUUAUGCGGAUUGUUGUAAGGCCCCAUGGCAAAUGGUGUCGGGAGACCUAUGUGGCCCUCUACCGAUGUCAAAAGGUUACACUUAUUGCUUGGUGCUGUGUGACCACUAUUCGCGGUAUACAGUAGUGAAGGGUAUGAAGAGUUCGACUGCUAAGGAUUUGGUGUCAAUAGAGCAGGCUGUUUCUCGUCGAAGUACACUCGAGAAUGCCUUGGUCGACAUAAUGUUCGAGUUCACCUUAUUAACCCUCGGAGUCCUUUCUCGAAUGGUUUACCAGGUCAGCCCGAUCAAGUUGAGUCUCCAAAUCCCACUGUUGAGGAAUGUCGACAGCGAGAUGAUAACUUGA